GCCACUGCACCAUCGAUUAACGUCACAUGUCGUUUGUGCUCAUGCAGGGUGGCUGACAAGCUGCCAAGACCAAACCUCGUCUUGCUCAAGCACUUGCUCUCUCUGCUCCACCACAUCAGCCAAAAUGCCGAGACCAACAGGAUGGACUCCAGCAACCUGGCCAUCUGCAUUGGCCCAAAUAUGCUGAGCCCGGGGACAGACAACGCGCUCCCGCUGGAAGUGCAGAAGGAGAUGAACGACAAGGUGACAGUGUUGGUGGAGUUCCUCAUAAACAACUGCUCGGAAAUAUUUGAGAAGGACAUUGCCUUUCCUGCCUGUGCCUUGGCUGAGGAGUCACCAGAGCACACAGACAGCUCCACAGGAACACCUUCCAGAAGUUCAAAAUUACAGCACUCACAAAACAGAAUUAAAUCCCAAUGUUAAACAUCUAAUUCAAGCAUAUUUUGCUACAGAUGUGCUGAGACUUCAAGGAUCCUUCUGGAAGGCUCCAAAGAGAGGAUCAUUCUCCCAGCCAAACAGUUCUAGAGGUCUUUACUUAGCCACUGCUUCUCAGGAAGAACAGGCUAUGAAAAGAAAGACACAUUCUCAGCAUAGCUGAUAUCCUAUCUAUGUCCUUUUUUGCACUUGCCUUAUCAAAGUUAACUGCCUCAAGAACUGUUUGUUCUUCAAGGUGAGAUGAAACUUGAAGGUUUUGAUGCUGGCUUCAGAAGUCUGUGGUGUGAAACGUCCUCUCAAGAAGCAUUUUCAAAAGAGCAGAACACAUUACAGAGAACAUGACAUUACAGCAUGCACAGAUGCCUGGUGUAUGUUUUUAGUUGGGCUUUGAGUUUUGGGUAUUGUUUGGGUAUUGUUUGGGUAUUGUUUCAUUUUACUGUUUAUUUAUUGGAUGUUUACCUUACUGAAUUGUCAGGUUUUAAAAUCACAGCAAAGUCCAAAGUUUUACUUUCUAGAGCUGCAUUCAGAAGAGGAGCAAGUGAGGUGCACACAGGGAGUGAGAAGGUGCCUUUCCGGACACACAACUCUCUCCGUUUUUUGCCCAAGAAGAAAGAGGAGUACAUGUGGCCAUGCAAAUAUGAAAAGGAGAGGUGCAGUUCCCCAGCCACUGUCAAAACAAGUCCUCCUGUAUGAAACAAGCAUCUGAUGCAAAACUGGGGAAAAAUCAGAAAGGAACUUCUUCUCAUAGAAGGUAUUGAAACAAAAAAGUCUUCAAUUUACGCCAUGAUGUUAAGUGCAAAAUUAAGGAAGAUGUGUUUCCAUGUGCACUGGUUCUGCUGCUUUCAGCUAUGAAACUAUAUCGCUGAGAAAUGCUGUCCCCUAUAAAAUGUGUCCAGCCCCAAGAAGGGACUAGGAACACAGAAAUAGGGUCCAGGGAAGUGCUUGGCUUCUCCCUGGCAGUCCCCACAGGGGCUGUGGGAGGCCGUGUGGUGUCUCACUCCAGCCCACUCACUACUUAGCCCCCAGCAGCACUCAUGAUUCUCUCUGCCUCAGCUGACACCGGUCCCUCACCUGCACCUGCUGAAUUGUUGCCAUGUUCAUUGAUUCGGAAGGGCUGUGAGAUCUGGAACACUUACAAGGCAAUAUGUAGCUAACAGUAACAAAGAACAGGUGUUUAUCAACUGCUUUUCAGGCACAUUAAAUAUUUUGGUGGCUUUCUUGGUUCCAGUGUUUCCCACCACCAAAAAAUCCCAUGCUAUAUACAGACCUGCUCAGUGUUUGCUCCUGGCAUGGAGCACAGUCACCAGACGGUUUUGUCAGAAAGAAAUACAUUUUGGGAAAUACAUCCUUGUAAAAUAGUUCAUUUGGGAUGGGCCAUUUAAAUUCAUACACAACCUUUGGAAAGAUUUGAAAUGACUUUACUGUCUAUUACCACCAGAUGUCACUGAUAACACUAAGCAAAGCACCUUUACCUGUGAUUAAAGCCUUCCCUCAAAGGCAGGCUUGCACACCCACAUAUUUAUUGCCCACAGUCUGCACCAUGGCCACAGGUGGUUGACAUUGCAGACAUUACUUUAGCAUUUGUCAUGCAGAGCUUAUUCAGUGUAAAGCCCUUCCUGGCAUCGUUCCUGCUUAUCACACAUUUCAGGUUGUGUAAUAUUUUUCUCCAGAAUCUCUCCAGAUUGGAUGGACAGAGGCCUAGGGACCAGGCUUCCCUAAAUGUGCAGCUGUGGGAGUGACUGGGAGACCAGUGCAGGCUUACUGAUGCAACCUGGCAAGGUACCAAAAAACACACUUUCCAUAGUUUAAGGUAAAAAUCAAAAACCAGAAAACUGAAAUGGUAAUAAAAUUCUACCUCUGGACUUGUAUCAAAAUGAUUCUAGUGGGCAACAGAGGAUUAGGAUCAUCUUUAGAGAGACAUUCAUGGAGAUUGAUGUGGCUGAUAUUAAGGGCAGGCCAGCAGCCACCCUCUCCCCCUCACCCAGGGCAGAUUGAGCAGACCAACCCAGCCUGGAGGCUGACAGGGACCUGAGAAAUGACUAACAGGAAAGCUAUCAUCACAUCUGCCUCUUGUGCCCUGACAGAGCCUCACAUGGGUACCUCAGCAGGCAAUGGAGCAAAGGCUACUGUUCCUAAAGGUCUUCAGAGUGUUGUCUGCCACAUGUGCUGACCUAGCAGGGUAGAUCCCAGUCUGAGAACAGAAUAUCAGGAAUGACACCAUUCAAGGACUCGAUCCAUACCCCACACCCUCAAAAGGGUCCACUGGACCUCACUGGACCACUUACAUUUGUGGCUUCAAAGGCAGGCCCUGCCUUCCACCCAUCCAGGGCUAGAACCAUCAAGUGAUAAUCAGGGCAGCUCUUGCUUACAUGGAAAAGCUCCCUUGGAAGGUGUCACCCUCUCUGCGGGUGGCUGAAAAACAGAAGUAAUGAGAUGUAACUAUCAACAAAUCCACUCAGUGGUUUGAGGAUCAGCAGAUUUGAAUGUGUUAAACUGAGUGUCUGUAGUCAGAUGGUUUGAGGUCAAAACUAGGCUAGCAUAUCACAGACAUGUUUUAAGGAUGCAGUGUUCCUCUGUAAACUCUGGGGUUUACAUCACAGCAAUUCAACACACUGUGCUAUAUUUUCAUUUAUCAGUAAUUCCUAAAAGUAUCCAAAUAGAUGUCAUUUCUCUGAAACCAGAACCUUCCGUGCUCACCCCACCUGCCUGUUAGUAUUUGAGAACAAUUGCUCUGUUUCUUUUGGUGACACGCAGGACAGGAGCCAAAGGCUGGCGGUGAAAAUUAGGUUUAGGUGUUGAAGUCAAUGGGACCACGACUUUACAACAGUUUUGUUUUCAUGAGAAUGGAGACUCCUAUCAUGACUUCAUAUAAAUCAGUCUUAUUAUGGCUUAUUUUAUCUGGUUUAAAAUAAAUAAAAAGGACAUUAAGGUGUGGCAUGUGAGAACAGUAAUAUUUUAGCAUCUUUAGUGGAAUAUUAAAUGUCAGUUUUAGGGAUUACUCAUUACUGGAUGUCCUCUCGCAUCUUUACAAGGGACUAAGCAUCACUAGGAGGAUUGCUGUGGAUAUUUGCAAAAAGAUUCAAGCAACUGAAUGCUGACUUUAACAUUUGUUUUAGAAAUUGCCCAAGGGAAAAGUGGUCAACUGGAAGAUUUUAAUUUCUGCCAUUUCUGCUUUGUGUUUUAUUGGCUGGAAAAUUUAGUUAGAGGGUGCUGAAUUGUUGUAUUUAAAUUGUCUGUGAUGUUAUUUUUAUUCUUAAAUUGUUGUAAGAAAAAUUAAUGAAUUAUAUCCGUUGCAAUAAUUCAGUAAUAUUGGUUUAUGAAAGGUCAAGAACACGUUGAAGAGAAAUUCCAAAGUUUGUACAUCACUGCUAAUCAUCACAUAACAUUUUAAGUGUUGUUCAGAAAGUCCCUGUCCUCACCUACCUGAAGUGAGACAAACAAUGCACAAGCAGAGAAAAGAAAGCACGCUUGGUUAUAUCUCAAAAGACAGGCUCCUGACUUCAUAUCACUUUUUUUGUUUUAAAGUAGAAUGUGAAGAGUUUGUUUGGAUUUUUAUGUUGUGAAAAUUGUCAAGAAACACCCAAGGUCAGCCUAAGGUGUUUUAGCUGAUGUUGCUUGGGAUCUCACCCUCUACCUGCUGUGGUAUGGGCAGAGGGCACUUGUGGAAAGUUAUGUGAGAACUUACAUGUUGAUAUUUUUCCUGUAGCAUCAUGCACAUGAGAGUGCCACUUUUACUUCACUAGAAUUUACAAAUAAAUCCAAGCCUGCAAAUCAUACCUACAUCUUAAAAUCUGCACUUAAGAAAAAAAAAACUGGCAUGAAAAUAUUACUACACUGUAAAAAUUACCUUGCAAUAAAUUUGCAGAAUACAUUAGAAUAGGAGAGCCAAUUCUCUUAACCCUAAAAUAUGGUGCAAUCUGUGUUCUUUUGUCAACAGCUAAUGGUUAUGUUUGAUUAAAAACCUCAUAAAUCUGUUUCCAUACCCCCUAAAUAAAAUAUUUGUUUAA